AUGAAAGGGAAGAUAUAUACUUAAGGACUCAGAUCAUUUGGGUCUCCUGGCUUCCUGUAUUCUUACUUUCAAAAAUUUAAUAGCAAUAGCCCCCAUAUUUCGUUUUAAUCUAGAAUGAGCAUUAAUCUCUUCUUAGCAAUGAUUUUUAGAGGAAAAAGUAAGUUUUUUCAGAAUUUGGGAAUUUUUAGAAUAGUGAUUUAGGAACAUUCUUUUUAAAAUUCUGAACUCAUACAUUAAUUGGAUUAUUUCCUUCAAUGA